GAUUGCGUUUCAGUCACCUCAUAAUGGCACACUUAUUAUUUCUUCCACCUGUUGCACCCUGUCACUAAACUCUUUGCAGUCACACAGCGUCUGAUCAACUACUAGUGAUGCUUUCAUUUUCUCUUAAAUGCUAAAUAAUGAUCUCUGGUCAGUGGCUGUGGAGCCUCAGUGGCAUCCCUCAGCCGAAGAUGCACGGUGUAAGUGAAUGCAAAGCACCCCCAGUUAUAAACAGAUGUUAGGUCACUGCUCAUCUCUCUCAUUAAGGCAAUUAGUGACCUGUAGAAGAUGAUCAAUCAGGGAUUUUAUUCAUCUCGACAUUGGUGUCUGGUUGCCUGCACUGAAGGAUGCUGUUUAUAGUCCAGUUUCUAAUCUCUUCCUUUCCUGCUCAUUAUUAUUAUCAACCAAAGUGCCUUUUUGCUUCUGUUACCAAAACAGAAUCCCCCCCGCCACCGUUUUAGCAGCUAACAUCCACAAUGGGGGCAACUGAUCCAGCACAGGAGUUAAAUAUAACCGUGCCUAGUGUAAGGAGAAGAUUUAAUGGGAAAUGGUUGGCAUUCUUUCUUCCUAAAGGCACGGCGAGAGAGCGAGAGCAGUCGAGAGCCGUACACACACACACAGACACACAGACACACACGCAUCCCGCAGCGAGCGAGGAAAGAGGAAGCGAGCAGGCAAGACAGACAGAGAGGCAGAGCUGCAGUUGCCCAGGGCACAGGCAGCAUGUUUGCCCUCAGCCUUGUUGCCUGGGGAUUUUACCUUCAGCUUGUCUUCUGCUUUGCUUUCUCUCAGACUUCGUACGUUGACAAUGCCUUCCCAGUUUCCUCAGAUCUCCCUUGUUUGGAACAGAAGAAACAGCUUCACCACAGACCAUGCUGUCUCCUUGGCCCUCCUCCACCGCCCCUGUUUCCACCGCCGUACUUCAGGCACAGCUGGAGCACUAAGCUGCUUACUCUGGACAUGAAGGACUUGUGCCAGGAGCUCCAGAUAACAAUGCCUGAAUUGCAUUGCCCCACAGGGCCUCCUGGCCCCCAGGGUCCACAAGGAAUUCCUGGUAUAAUGGGACCAAAAGGGGAGAAAGGGGAGAUCGGCAGGCCAGGAAGAAAGGGUAGACCAGGUCCCCCGGGUGUCCCUGGGAUGCCAGGACCAGUAGGAUGGCCUGGACCUGUGGGACCAAAGGGUGAAAAGGGAGAUUUGGGUGUGAUGGGAUUGCCAGGUACAAGAGGACCAAUGGGCUCCAAGGGUUUUCCAGGAACUAGAGGAGAAAAGGGAUCCAGAGGUGACAGAGGUGACAAAGGAGUUAAAGGAGACCAGGGAGAAGUAGGCUCUCCUGGGAUGCUGGGACAGAAAGGAGAGAUGGGCCCCAAGGGACAAUCUGGAGCACCGGGACACAGAGGACCUAUAGGAAGACCUGGAAAACGAGGCAAACAAGGACAAAAGGGAGACAUUGGACCUGUGGGUAUCAUGGGCCCACCUGGAAGGCCUGGUCCUUCUGGCCAGCCAGGCCCCCCUGGACCUUCAGGAUCAGGGCAAUUUGCAAUAGGACCAAAAGGGGAAAGAGGACUUCCAGGACCUCCAGGGAGAUGUCUCUGCAGAUCCCCACAGAAUGUGAAUAAUCCACCAUAUGAGGAAUCUGUGUUUGGACACAGCUAUCCAAAAGUCCCUGCGAUUUUUGUGGUGAAUAAUCAAGAAGAAUUGGACCGGUUAAACACCGAAAAUGCCUUAGCUUUUAGAAGAGAUCAGAGAUCUUUGUAUUUCAAGGAUACCUUUGGAUGGCUCCCAAUCCAGCUCAGCCCUUUCUACCCCGUGGAUUAUCGCUUUGGGGACAGCGGUACCUGUGGAGAUGGGAUCAUCCAGGAUGGGGAAGAGUGUGACGAUGGCAAUGCGGUUGUGACAGAUGACUGCAUAAGAUGUCGCCGUGCUUACUGUGGAGAUGGCUACAGACAUGAGGGGGUUGAAGACUGCGAUGGGAAGGAUUUUGGAUAUUUGACAUGUAAAACAUAUCUCCCUGGGUCUUAUGGAAAACUGCGAUGCACUUCUUACUGCUACAUUGACUCUACACAGUGCCGAUACUUCACAUGA